AUGGGUUGCGAAGCAAAGGUAAAAUUUGCCCUUCUUGAUGAAAGAGAUAUUGGUCUCAUCAACCAGUAUGCAUUUGAGGCCAGAGUAGAAGUUGAUCCAGAUGGCAAUGGUGCCAAUAUCUUUGCUUACACAUACAAUUUAUUGAAUGGGAAGGAAUCAGGCCAAUUUCUGCAUGAUUUCUUAUGGGAAAGACAUCGAGGAGGCAUAGCAGCAGGCUGGAAGGUGGUCCACAAGAAUGGGGUGACAGUGGACAAUCGCCUGGAGAACCUGAUGCUGGUUCCCAUGGAUACACAACUUGUCUACGAGGACCUCCCCUCUACAAAGAACAGGGAGCACUCAUUGUACUGGAUGGCAGUUCAACAGCUCCAAGUGGCCCCUAUAGAAUGUCACUAUCCAACUACACAUGUCUACACAAAACAGUUCAGUCCCAAUGGAGAAAAUAUCCAUAUAGACCAUGAUGAAGUCUGUGUUUAUUAUGAAUGUCACUACCCUCCCUGUACAAAUAUGGAAAAGAGAGUUAAAGAAUUUAGUAUCUGUGGACGCUGUCAAGAAGUCAGAUAUUGUGGUGCAUAUUGCCAACAGAGAGACUGGCCAAUACACAAGAAGUUUUGUCAAGAGAGAAAACUCUUUUUCCCCCUGGAAGAAGAAAGUGUUGACAGAUAGAGCAAGAAUGAGAGAAAGUUCAGAUAGUAAAAGAUUGAAUGAGAGAAAAUUUUCAACACAAAGUCUGAAAGAAAGAAAAAUCAAGAUUAUAAAAGAUUGAAUGAGCAUGACUGUAUCUGAGUGUGCACCAUAUAACACUUCAAACUCACAUUUCUCAGCUUUGUAAGUUUUCUUAGUAUGUUUGAACAUACAUGUAUUAUUUUGUUUUUAAUUUAUUUUUAGAAUUUAUUUUACUAAACUUUUACAUAAUGGGAUUCUCUACAAAGUAGUUAAAAUCAAGUUCAACAAACAAAUGAAUUAUUUCAAAGAUUGCUAUUAGCAUAGACUUUUAAGGAAAAUUGUUUGGUAAAAAUAUUCAAUCUAAAUAUUGAAGUAAAAAAUUCUGAGAAAGUUUAUUUGGGGAUAUCUUUGUUUUCUCUGUGUGUCCUGUAAGUCAUUGUUUGAGUGGAUAAUUUUUGUUUUUUCUGUAGCAGAGAUAAGCUUUUAGAGUUUUGCGUGUAUGUUGUUAGUUUGCAGAGAAGUUGACGUAUUUAUUCCCUUAGACCAUUCCAUUGUCAUAUUGUUAUAUAUUUAUUUUUAAUUCAGCAUGUAGAACAACAGUAUUGUAUAAAAUUUUAAAUAUGUGCUAUCCUAGUCAUAAAUUCUGUGAAAUCAUUUAUUUUUGUAGGGGCCAGAAUUCACAUCAGAUUUUAAUAUUUUUAAAAUAUCUUUUUUGAUAUUUCUUGGAAGUCUUGAAUUCGAUUAUAUAUUGUUUUCUAGGAUUGGUGAUGAAAGCCUCUACAAAGUAAACAAUUUUACAGUCACUCCAUAGAAAAACACACAAAACAGUGGUUACUGUACAAAGGAGUGCUAGAUUUUUGUGUUUUUUUAUGAACUUAUUUUGUCUUAUAGUUUCUCAAAAUUUGAAUUGUAUUGAAAACAAUAUUUGAUAAGGAAAAUUAGUUUAUGGCUAAAUGUUUUCUUUUCAUGACUGUUUUUUAACUUUGAACACAUUGUCAACUUUUUGAUUGAGUGCUUUUAAUAUGUUACACUUUCUAUUUAGCAUUUAUUCCUACGCAUUGAAAAAAUUACAUACAUACAUACAUACAUACAUACAUGUACUAUACUAAUACAGUGCCAUCUGAAACUAAAUUGCUUUUUUUAACCUGUGUGCCACUAAUCUUGUCUUAAUGAAAUACUGUAAUGAUUUUUACACUAGAUUCAAAAUCAGCAUUGCAUGAUUUAUAUUUAUAGAUUUAAGACCAUUCCAAACUGUUUACAUUCCCUUUAGAUAAUCAUUUUUUCUAUAUUUUUAUUUGUUGCCAAUGAAGUCAAUUUCUUCAACAGAAGAAAUCUGAAAAUUUAUAUAUAUAUGAAUUGACAAAGAUACCUUAUUUGAUUAUUUUUGACAUUAACAAUUUUUUUUCUUAAUUAAGCUUAGCUAAUUUUCGUAAAUGUUUGAUAUGCAUGUAUUUUUACUUCUCCGUCCAAAAGUGGUUUUUAGUGUGGACAUUUUCUUUUUUUCUGCCAUCUAAAGAGAAAUAAUUCAUUUAAUAAUACAGUGAAUUUGCCCAACACACUCUCAGUUAAAGGAAGGAUGAUACAUUCCUCAAUAAUACAUAAUUUUUUCCAAGAUUUUUUCAAAGAAGUAUGUAUAUUGCUACUUUAAUAUGUUUACUCACAAAAAAAAUUUAGGUACCUAACCAGGCAUUUGUGCAAGUUAUCAGAGGGUACUGUUUCUUAUAUGAAAAAAUCUAUUUGGGAUAAAAUUUGAUAUUCCAAAAUCAACCUUUUUAGUGCUUCAAUUUUUGAAAAUGAUUAAAAACUUGUUUAGAAACCAGAAUGUAUUUAGAAUUUUGAAUAUUUAUAUAUCAUACAUAUAUAUUACAAAAUAUAUAAAACAGAUAUUUGAGGAAGGUGUCAUCUAACCUUAAAAAAGAUUUGGAAAGGCAUUAUCUAAUAUUUGAAUAUAAGAAAAUUUGGAAUAACAAGCAUAUUUGGCCACUUGUGUCCUAGAAUGUCACUAGUAUUUUGACACCAAGUCAUAGAUCUCUAGUCAUGAUAUUUGAUUUCGUGUCUAUAUUGCAGCAAAAAAAGUUAUGGGAUAUGCUUUGCCGUUUCAUAAUCAACCACUAGCAAGCUUUCCAAUUGCCACUGAUAAAUGUUAUGAAAGCUCCCAUUGUCAUCUCUGCAUAUCUUAAUGAAUAUUCAUGAUUUUGUUUUUUUAUUUCCCAGCAUGCAUUAUUGUGUUGUGU